UCUUUUUGCCGUCUCUCUCUCUCUACGAUUUCUCGCUUGCCUGCUCGCUUUUCUUUCUCCAUGAUUUUCUCACUCUAGAUUCUCGAUACCUCAUCUUCUCACUCUAAAUCAAAGCAGAAUCUCUUAUUUAACGGAUCGCAUAUCGAUUUGGAUCGAUUGAUCAGCGGUGUUAAUUGAUUUUGGUCAAAUUAGGUUUGAAUUGCACUGCUAAACGGUCUACAGAAGCUAGGGUUUUUCUUUUCCUUUUUUUGGCCUUGGUUGGAUCUAGGGUUUUUGAAUUGGUGAAUUAAUUGAGAGGGGAAGUGUGAGUUAGGAUUAAGGGUUGAUGGUACUCGAAGGGGAAAAUGCAAGGCUAUGCUGCAUGGGCGGGAAGUUGAGGAGGAGAGGAAAAAGGAUCGUAUCCGGCACAUGUUGACUGCUCCCAUACGUGUUAACAACAAUUCAGUUGUAGCUGCUCCCGAUUUUGUUUCUUCUCCUUCUCCUUCUUCUUCUUCUUUGUCAUCUCCAGCCUAUUCUUUUUACAAGGAUGGACGCAAGAUCAGUGUUGGAGACUGUGCUCUGUUCAAACCGCCCCAGGAUUCCCCUCCUUUCAUAGGAAUAAUUCAGAGACUGACUACUGGUAAAGAGAACAAGUUAAAGUUAGGUGUGAAUUGGCUUUAUCGGCCUGCUGACAUAAAGCUUGGCAAAUGCAUCCUUUUGGAAGCUGCGCCAAACGAAGUAUUCUUUUCCUUUCACAAGGAUGAAAUUCCUGCCGCAUCACUACUCCAUCCGUGUAAAGUUGCCUUCCUUCCAAAAGGUGUUGAACUUCCAUCAGGGAUUUGCUCAUUUGUUUGCCGGCGAGUUUAUGACACUACAAACAAAUGUUUAUGGUGGCUAACUGAUCAGGAUUAUAUUAAUGAACGGCAAGAAGUAGUGGAUCAGCUAUUAUCUAAGACACGCUUAGAAAUGCAUGCAACAAUUCAGUCUGGUGGAUGUUCUCCUAAGACAAUGAAUGGUCCAACUUCAACACCACAGCUGAAGCCUGGUUCUGAUAGCAUACAGAAUAAUGCCCCCUCCUUCCCUUCACAAUCUAAGGGAAAGAAAAGGGAUCGUGGAGAUCAGGUGUCUGAGCCCAUUAAACGAGAACGUUUUAUGAAAAUGGAUGAUGGGGAUUCUGUUCAUAGACCUGAAAGCAUUUGGAAAUCUGAGAUUUCUAAAUUUACAGAAAAGGGUGGACUUGUGGAUUCUGAAGGGGUUGAGAAAUUAGUGCAUCUCAUGCUGCCAGAGAAGAACGAGAGAAAAGUAGAUUUGGUUGGCCGGUCAUUACUGGCUGGUGUGAUAGCUGCCACAGAUAAGUUUGAUUGCCUAAAUCGGUUUGUGCAGCUAAGGGGAUUGCCUGUAUUUGAUGAAUGGUUGCAGGAGGUCCAUAAAGGGAAGAUUGGAGAUGGUAGUAGCCACAAGGAUGGUGAUAAAUCUGUUGAGGAAUUUCUACUAGUUUUGCUUCGUGCAUUGGAUAAACUCCCAAUAAAUCUUCAUGCUUUGCAAAUGUGUAAUAUUGGCAAAUCUGUGAAUCAUUUGCGGACGCAUAAGAACUUGGAAAUACAGAAGAAAGCAAGGAGCUUGGUUGACACAUGGAAGAAACGUGUUGAGGCUGAAAUGGAUGCAAAUGCAAAGUCUGGCUCUAACCAAGAUGUCUCCUGGACUGCCAGAUCACGUCUUCCUGAAGUUUCACAUGGUGGGAACAGAUCUGGUGUAUCUUCUGAGGUUGCAAUGAAGAGCUCAGUUGUGCAACUCUCUGCUUCCAAAAGUGGUCCAGUCAAGCUUGUCCAAGGAGAGACUGUGACCAAGUCUGGAUCAUCUCCAGGGCCCAUAAAACCAGCAGCAUCACCUAAUGCAGCUGGUAAUAAUUUGAAAGAUGGACAGCCCAGAAAUACUGGUGUCAGUGGUACCAUGGAUCUACCUGUAUCAGCAGCUAGGGACGAGAAAAGCAGCAGUUCUAGUCAGUCCCACAACAACAGUCAAUCUUGUUCUAGCGAACAUGCCAAAACUGUGGGAAUGUCAGGAAAGGAGGAUGCAAGGAGCUCCACUGCUGUUUCAAUGGCAGCAAAUAAGAUCAUUGGUGGCUCUUUGCGGCAUCGUAAACCAGUUAAUGGCUUUUCAGGCCCAGCUUUAUCUGGGACCCAAAGAGAUAGUGGGUCAAGUAGAAGUUCUUCCUUGCACAAAAAUCCAGGUUCAGAGAAAUUGCAGCAGUCUAGUUUGGCAUGUGAGAAGGUACUUGAUUCUCCCAUGGCUGAGGGGAAUAACCAUAAAUUGAUUGUUAAAAUUCCCAAUAGAGGUCGCAGUCCCGCACAAAGUUCCAGUGGAGGAACUUUUGAAGAUGCUUUAGUCAUGAAUAGCAGAGCUUCUUCUCCUGUUCUUUCAGAGAGGCGUGACCAGUUUGAUCACAAUUUGAAGGAAAAAAAUGAUCCUUAUCAAGUUAAUAUCACAUCAAAUGUGAAGACUGAGUCAUGGCAAAGCAAUGAUUUCAAGGAGGUGCUGACUGCAUCAGAUGAGAGAGAUGGGUCGCCUGCCAAUGUUCUCGAUAAAGAGCAUGGUCGGACAGGUGAUGAUGCAAGGAAAUUAGGUGAAAUCUCAAAAACUACACCCUCUUUGACUGUGUUUGAACUUAAAUCAGGGAAGUCAUAUGAUGCUUCUUUCAGCUCCAUGAAUGCCCUGAUUGAAAGUUGUGUGAAGUAUUCUGAAGGAAAUGCAUCAAUGACAGUUGGUGAUGAUGUUGGUAUGAAUCUGCUUGCUAGUGUAGCUGCUGGGGAGAUUUCCAAGUCUGAUGUGGUUUCACCAACAAAUUCUCCUUGUAUAAGCAUGCCCAUCGAGCGCUUUUGUGCACCAAGUGGUCUGAGAGGAAAAUCAUCUCCGUGUGACGAUCCUGCUCAAAGCCAGGGUAAGUCUGCUGAUGGUGUUGAUGAUGACAACAAGAAGCGGGUUACUGUUGUUGGCACUCCUCCAUCCAAGAACACAGAGGCUAAAACCGUUCUGUUUUCACAAGAAAAACAUGCAGGGGAGCUCAAUGGACCUUCCAAUUCUUCCAGUGUGGAUGCUGCUGAACCAUGCAUGCAAAGCCAUGUGAAAUCUGAUGAAACAUUAGCAGCUUCGGUGUCCGCUGCUAGCAUGGCUGUGAAAACAUCAAAUUGUGGGGGCAAAGAACCAUGGGAGAAAGAGGGGGAUGGCAUAUCUGAGGACAAAAAUAAGUUGCAUGGUUCUGUCUUAACUGAGGUGAAUUAUACAGGAGUGCAAGUUGGGACUGAAGCAAUUGAAGGAUCAUCAUCAAACCAUCAUGUAGAGGUUGAUGGUGAGAACAAUAAAAACAUGAAUAAAGAGCUGGAUGUUUCUAUUCAGGCAGAUCCAAAACCACCUGCUAUGAUGCAGUCUGAUUUUUCAAAAGGAACCAAUGAUGAAAUGCCCCAACCUUCUAGUUCUGGUAAGGAUGCGAUUUCUGAAAACAUGCAUGAUGUGAAGGCUGGUGGAACAGAUGGCAGAAGUCAUUAUACCGAGAAAAAGAAAAUUGAACAUGAAAGUAAUACAGCCUCAGCUGCAACUGAUUAUGAAAGUGAGUGCAAGGUGGAGAGCCUGGGGGGCGAUCAGGGCAAUAAGCAAUGUAGUGCCAGACCAGCUGCUCACAAGGCAGAACCCACACUUGUUCAGGCAUCAGAACAAGUAGUGAGGUCAACAGGGUCAAAGUUGGCUGGCUCAGGAGCUGAUGAAACUGAGGAAUGUACAUCUGCCGCUGCUGAUGCUUCUUCAUCUGCUACAGGGGGAUCGGAUCUGGAAACAAAAGUUGAAUUUGAUCUGAAUGAAGGCUUUAUUGCUGAUGAUGGGAAAUAUGAGGAACAAAAUAACUUGAGAGAACCUGCAUGUUCUGCUGCUAUUCAACUAAUUAGCCCUUUUCCAUUGCCAGUUUCUUCCGUGUCUAGUGGGCUUCCUGCUUCCAUUACAGUAGCUGCUGCUGCAAAAGGGCCUUUUGUUCCACCAGAGGAUUUACUUAAGAGUAGAGGGGAGCUUGGUUGGAAGGGAUCAGCAGCCACUAGCGCAUUUCGUCCAGCUGAACCUAGAAAAGCUUUGGAGAUUUCAUUUGGUACAGCUAACAUCUCACUCCCUGAUGAAAUGGUGUCCAAGCCUGGUCGGCCCUUGUUGGAUAUUGACUUGAAUGUACCUGAUGAAAGAAUCCUUGAGGAUUUGGCUUUUCGAAUUUCUGCUCAGGAUACUGUUUCUGUCUCUGACCGUGCAAAAAAUAAUGAUUGUUCACGUGAUACACUGAUGGGUUCGUUAUCUGGUCGGAGCUUUGGGGGAUUUGAUCUUGAUUUGAAUAGAGCAGAUGAGGCUAGUGAUAUGGGUAAUCACCUGACAAGCAUUGGUCGGAGGCUGGAUGCCCCACUACUUCCUGCCAAAUUGUCAUCAGGUGUUCUUCUAAAUGGAGAGGUCAGCAGUUGCAGGGACUUUGAUUUAAAUGAUGGCCCACUUGUUGAUGAGGUGAGUGCCGAACCAUCAGCACAUAGCCAGCAUACCCGAAAUAUUGUGCCAUCCCAACCAUCUAUUUCUAGCCUUAGGAUCAACAGUACUGAAACGGGAAGCUUGCCCUCCUGGUUUCCUCAAGGGAAUCCAUAUCCUGCUGCCACGAUCCAAUCUAUCUUGCAUGAUAGAAGAGAGCAGCCUUUCCCUAUAGUUGCAACUGGUGGGCCUCGGAGGAUGUUGGCUCCCUCUACUGGCAACAUCCCGUUUAAUUCUGAUAUCUACAGGGGAGCAGUGUUGUCAUCUUCUCCAGCAGUGCCGUUUCCAUCUACUCCCUUUCAGUAUCCUGUCUUUCCUUUUGGGAACAGCUUCCCUCUGCCCUCUGCAACUUUUUCAGGUGGUUCAGCAUCGUAUGUGGAUUCAUCAUCUGGUGGGAGGCUUUGCUUUCCCACAGUAACCUCUCAAGUAUUAGCAGCACCGGUAGGUGCAGUCUCAUCUCAUUAUCCAAGGCCUUCUUAUGCUGUUAACCUCCCAGACAUUAACAAUAAUGGUGCUGCAGAGAGCAGUAGGAAAUGGGUAAGGCAGGGUCUAGACCUCAAUGCAGGGCCUCUAGGCCCAGACAUUGAAGGUAGAGAUGAGACUUCAGCUCUUGCAUCAAGGCAACUGUCAGUUGUCAGUUCACCAGCCUUUGCUGAGGAGCAAUCGAGGAUGUAUCAAGUGACUGGCGGAGGUGUUCCGAAGAGGAAGGAGCCAGAGGGUGAAUGGGAAGGUUAUAAGCAAUCCUCAUGGCAAUAGGGAUGAAUAAUGACACAAUCCAGUGAUCCCCAUUCUCCUGGAUUGAUGUUGGCUAACUCCAAAAGAUCAUCUAACAUGUGUUCUCAAGGAUGGGUGGUAAGUGAGUUAUUUGAUCUUCAGCCUCCAACCCCCACCCUGUCAGUGUACCCAUUGUAUGUUAAAGGGACAGAUUGUACCGUGAAAGGAAUCUGUCCAGGUCGUUUGAGCUGUCAUUUCCUUGAAUUUGUACUGGGUAGCUGCAGUUUACUUUACCCUUUGUAGAUAUUUUAACCAAUGGAAAGCGUGCAUUCUGUGACCCUGUUGCCCAGACAUUUGAAAUUGGUGUCCAUACUGUUGUGCAGUGCAUCGACAAUUUAUACUGCUGGAGGCAAAAUCACCCUUUCUUUUCCAAUCAUUCGCGAGAAUGAAUGGUGAUUGGAUUAGUAAACUUCUUUAAGCAGAAGCCCUUCUGUAUGUGCUUUGUUUUUAAGCAAUUUUUCUUCAUUUAUCUUUUCAUUCUCACUUUUAAUCACGUACAUAUAAUCAGAGUGGUCAGUGAAUUUUGGUGCU